UCACAUUCUUCAGUUCCGCAAUGAGGAACUCCGACCUACUAUUUGGUACUUGACAGCGCUGUCACCGUUCAACACGAUAGAGUCGCACGCGUCAAAGCUCUACCCCUUGACCAUCGGUGUAGUCACGUCCAACAGUCAAAAAGGUACAUUUUGUCCACUGAAGCUCGAAUUUUCAUAAUGAAAUCGGUUGGCACCACCGCUAUAAUACCUCUCCUGCCUUGGUUGAAGAGCCGUGUGUUGAAGCGAAUCCGCCAACCCAAACCAUGACAAACCACGUCUUGUCCCUUGACGGACUCCGAGGCAUCGCGUGCCUCGUCGUCUUCAAUUACUACUGGGUAUUCGAACAUGGCUUCGGUAGCCGAACCAAAGACAUGGCCAUAGGAGUCAAUCUAUGGUGGGAAAUGCCAUGGAUCAGCUGGAUGUACGCCGGGAAGUCCAUGAUCUACGUCUUCUUUGUCAUCUCGGGAUACGUCCUGUCCCAUAAACCAUUGACGCAAAUCCACCAGAACAAUGGCGCCACAGCAGCAACGGCAUACCCGACCAUAGCAUCAUCUGUGUUCCGGCGGGGAAUCAGGCUGUUUGUACCUACCAUGAUCGAUACAUUCAUCACAGCACUCCUGGUCCGAACUCCGAUCUACGACUCAUCUAUCCGCACAUUCUUGGACGCCAAGAUGAGAAAGUCCUUCCUCGACAUCUGGAUAGGUCCCAAGAGACCGGAAACCACCUUCUGGCAGGAGAUGUGGGUCGCACUCAAGACGUGCUGGGGCUACAUGGACAGUGCCAUGAUCCCGUGGAGCGAUAGCAACAUCGACGUGCGAGCAUACGACGACGUGCACUGGACGAUCCCAGUCGAGUUCAAGUGCAGCAUGUUACUGUUCAUAUUGCUUCUUAGCACAGCCAGUCUGCGCACGAGAGCUCGCCUCGUCAUCCACUGUCUAGCAGCGCUGUAUGCCUUCACGAACGACCGCCAGGCACUGUUUUGCUUCUUCGCCGGCAUGAUUUUGGCAGAAACAGACGUGAUGACAAGACUGGCCGAGACAGCGCGCUCGACGACGGAAGAUGAAGAAUCUCUGCUGCUCUCGGCGGACCUGGAAGCUGCAGACCAAGACUUCACUGAAACGGAAAAGGAAUAUCUGACAAGCGCGGGCAGGAAGGGCAAACCUCGUUGGCAAAGACCACGUCGCGCAGGGCUGUUCUUCCCUCAGAAUCUGUGUCCGCCAGCAGGACUGUUCUGUGUGCGGUCCGGUUCAGCGAUGGCCUGGAUCAUCGCCCUUGUCGUCGGCUUGUACCUCAACGUCGCAUCCGUGAAGCCGCUUGCACAACCCUCCUUUGGGUAUGCCACGGUCGUCACCAGGAUUGUGGCAUCCCUUUGCGGGAACAGCGAUCCCAUCGAGGCCACGCGAAGUAUCGGCGCCGUGCUGAUCACCUGGACGGUGGCCAAUAGUUCUGAGUCAUGCGUCGGUGCGUUGUUUUCAAACAGGCUUGUGCAAUGGCUGGGCAAGAUCUCCUUUGGCAUCUACCUGACGCAGCUGGACGUGAUUCGGAUAUUGGGGCUCACGAUCAUCCCAGUACUUUACCGAGUCGGUGCUGGAGUCAGCUCCCUGCCUAACCCAUACGAAGCAAUGGAAGGAGGCGGCCUUUCACAAGGGCAGAUCUUCAGGAUUGUCAUUCUCGGCUGGGCUGCUUCUCUACCUUUUGUCUUGAUGUGUGGCUACUCAUUCUGGUAUCUGGUUGACCGGCGGGUGGUAAAAUUGUCGAAGUAUGUCGAGCAGAAACUCAGGCAGCCCAAAGUUUCGAGGGGGCGGUGAUAGCAACGACGCCAUGUACAUAUCUUACUUUUGGAGCUCGGAUUAAAGUCGGGAAAUCUGAGCACGAUAACUGUUGUUCUUGUCUUGUUUGUUCGCGUUCGUGGUCCUGACGAGGCUAGCCUGAGCCUUAUGGCGUGAUCAGUCCACAACCCGGCUAUUCAUUCUCCCAUCCUUCUCCAACGUGGCCAGGAACUUCGAUAUUCGCGUUCCCUUUCUAUCCUCCGGCAUGCAACGAGGCAGAUAACCGGCGAGGGGCCAUUUGUGUGUUGAUAUGUUCCGGGACAAUGUCGUGCUUCCGAACCAGGAUGUCACCUUCAAUAAGCAAUCCCGUAUCUGUGUGAUGCUCUGAUUGGCCCCACCUCCUCCUCUUGAGGCUCGUUAGGUCCCGAUCCUCUUACUGGAGCC